AUGAGAUCUCUACUCGCCUUAUCCACCGUCCUAAUUCUCUCCAGCCGUGCCUAUGCCUUUGAAGCCGCGUCUCCAAACAAUAGACGUGACUUUUUGGCUUCAUUGUCUACAGCAGCUGUAAGCCUUGCACUCUCUCCAAACACAGCCUCUGCAGUUGAAGUUGGCGGAAAGUUGAAAUAUGGAGAUGAAUCGAUCAUGACUCAAAAGGGACAUGGGACUUCUGCAAAUCCUGUCCAAAGCAACCUAUUGUACGGUGUCUCUGAGAAAUUGGCGGACAAGAUUUGCAGCUACAAUCGUCAGUUCGCUGAAUUUGCUGGUUACUUCCGAUCUACCAAUUUUGAAGAUGUCGUCUUGGCAUCGAAGGGACCAGUUACAUUCUACGACUCUGUGACUGGAAAGCCUCUGUUUAUGGCUCCAAUCAAUCGCUCAGCAGAAGACUUUAUUCAAGAAUCGGAGGUCCAUGGCUGGCCAAGCUUCCGAGACGACGAGGUCGUUUGGGAAAAUGUUAGAAUCUUAAAGAACUCCGGAGAGACUGUAUCUGCUGAUGGAACUCAUCUGGGCCACAAUCUUCCUGAUAGAAAGGGAAACCGCUACUGCAUCAACCUCUUCGAUCCUAAUUCACUGAAAGAAAAAAUGUUGUCAAACUUUGGUCGUAGCAGACUGUCAUCUUCUGUCAAUGUCAUCCGUCGUGCCUUCUCGGCCAUUCCCGAGACCAUGAAGGCCGCCGUUGUCCGUGAGGUUGGAGAUGCAGAUGCUUUGAAGGUCGAGACUGAUUUCCCCACACCCAAGAUGGGUCCCGGUCAAGUAAUUGUCAAGAACGAGUUUGCCGGAAUCAACUUUAUCGAUACCUACCACAGAAAGGGACUAUACCCCCGUGAUCUUCCGUUCAUUGGAGGACAAGAGGGGGGAGGUACCGUUGCUGCCGUUUCCGACGAAGCCGCAGCCGAGGGUAUUAAGAUUGGAGACCGCGUCGCAUACUCUGUCUUCGGGUCCUAUGCGGAAUUCACUGCGGUCCCAGCUGCCAAACUUCUUCCUGUUCCAGACGCUGUUGGACUCGAUGUCGCAACUUCGUGUGUUGUCCAAGGAAUGACGGCACAUUACCUUACCUCGUCAGCUCACGCCGACCUCAUCAAGGAAGGCGAAUGGUGCCUAAUUCACGGAGUUGGUGGAGGAACCUGCCAAUGGGCAGCUCAGAUGGCGAAACUUCGCGGUUUCAAGGUCAUUGGUACCGUUUCCAAGGGAAAGGCUUCCAUCGCUGAGGGAUUGGGCUGUGAUGAACUCAUUGUUCUGGACGAGGUUCCAGGAAUGAGUUUCGAGGAUUACGAAUCCUUUGAUAUUGUGGAACGAGUCAAGGAAGUCACUGGUGGAGAGGGUGUCAAGUGCGUCAUUGACGGUAUUGGAAAGAGCACCAUGGACAUUUCUAUCGACUCUUUGGCCAGACGUGGAAUCUUUAUUUCCUUUGGAAAUGCUUCCGGAGCCGUCCCUGCCUUCCCCGUUCUUCGAUUGAUUGGAAAGUCCGCCUAUGUUACCAGACCCAAGCUUUUGGACUACACUGUGAACCGCGAGGAGUUGGUCUGGAGAGCCGGAGAGAUCUUUGGAUGGCUCCAAGAGGGAAAGCUCAAUGUAUCUGUUGAUACUGAGUUCCCAUUGGAAGAAGCUGCCGAAGGACACAAGUACCUUGAGGCCGGAAAGAGUAAGGGAAAGGUUCUCUACAAGAUCUAA